UCUAUAUGUCAAACAGUUGUCAAAAUUAUUUGUUGUCCUUUUCUUUCUUUAAUUUUUAAGAGCGCAGUGAAUAUGGCUGCUGGAACUCUCUACACUUACCCGGAAAAUUUCCGUGCCGCAAAAGCUCUCAUUGCGGCUCAAUAUGCAAAAGUAAAUGUCAAAGUAGCACCAAACUUCGUUUUCGGUGAAACAAACAAAUCAAAAGAGUUUACAAAGAAAUUCCCAACUGGAAAAGUUCCAGCUUUUGAAACCAGUGAUGGCAAGUGUCUUCAAGACAGCAAUGCAAUAGCUUAUUACGUAGCAAACGACCAAUUGAGGGGCAAAAAUGAGUAUGAUAGGGCGCAGAUUUUGCAAUGGAUUGGUUUUGCAGAAGGAGAAAUCUUGCCAGCUGCCUGUGCCUGGGUCUUCCCUGUUUUAGGAAUUGUAAAAAAUAAUGCUAACACUCAAGAAGCUUUCCAAAGAGCUAAAGACGAUAUCAAAGCUGCUCUUUCUAUACUUAACAGCCAUUUACUUACUCGUACGUAUUUGGUAGGUGAAAGACUCACUUUGGCAGACAUUGUUGUUGCAUGUAACUUACUCAACCCAUACAAAUACGUGUUAGAUGCUGCUUUCAGAAAGCCUUUUGCCAAUGUCAACAGGUGGUUCACUACUUUAAUCAACCAACCACAAUUCAAGGCUAUCCUUGGCAACAUUGAACUAUGCAGUAAGGUUGCACAACCAGGUAGUGUCACUGUAGCUGCUUCUCCAUCUGAAGGCAAAGGAAAGAAGAAGGACGAAAAGAAACAGGAGAAGAAACCUAAAGAAACUCCCAAGAAAGAACAGGAACCAGAGGAAGAACUUGACGCUGCCGAUGCUGCCCUUGCUGCUGAACCCAAGGGCAGGGAUCCGUUUGCAGAAAUGCCAAAAGGAACCUUUGUCUUCGAUGAUUUCAAACGUGUCUACUCCAAUGAAGACGAAAGCAAAUCCAUCCCCUACUUCUUUGAAAAGUUCGACCCAGAACACUAUUCCAUCUGGUAUGGUGAAUAUAAAUAUCCACAAGAACUUGCUAAGGUGUUCAUGAGCUGUAACUUAAUCACCGGAAUGUUCCAGAGGCUCGACAAGAUGAGGAAGCAGGCCUUCGCAUCUGUAUGUCUCUUCGGCGAGGACAAUAACAGCACAAUUUCUGGUAUCUGGGUGUGGAGAGGACAGGACUUAGCUUUUCCAUUGAGCCCUGACUGGCAAAUAGACUAUGAAUCAUAUGACUGGAAGAAAUUGGAUGCUAAAUCACCAGAAACCAAGAAAUUAGUGGAGCAAUAUUUCUCAUGGACUGGUACGGAUAAGGAUGGUAGAAAAUUCAAUCAAGGAAAAAUCUUUAAAUAAUGAAACAAACUUAAUUCUUGUUAAAUGAAAAACAAAAACCAUCUUUUAAUACUGUACUGAUUUUGUGAAGCAAGAGAAUAAAUACAACCACGUUUUGUUAUAUUUACUCUUUUUUUUUAUUACUCAUAUGUACUUUUCUUUUGUUUAUUUAAUGUUCGCUGAAUUUUGUCAUUGAGCUAUAUCUCUCCCACAGUUUAUAUGACAACCAUUAAAUAUAUUAAUAAACUCGUAUUUUUCUGCUUGAUUAAAGUGAUUUUUGAAUCGUUACUUACAGGCUGUGAACCGAAACUAAAAACCUGGAAGUGGGAACCGUAACUGAUUAUUUUCUUGAAACCCUAAUUGUAAUUUGAAAACACCUCAUUCAAAAAAACCGUAAUCAAAUUUGUUGAACCAAAAUGUAAAAAGUAAAUAUUCUCUUUAUACAGUAGA